AUGCCACCGUCCUCGAUCAUCCGCCAGGCACUGGAAGCUCUGGCCAGUGGCAAAUGCGUCGCCAUUCUCGACUCGGAGAGCCGCGAGGGCGAGACCGACUUGUUCUUCCCGGCGGCCACCACCACCCCGGGCGCGCUCCGUACUCUCCGUACGCAGGCCGGGGGCGAGCUCUACAUCGCCAUUGGCAGCGAGGUGGCCACGACGUUCGGGCUGCCGUACAUGGGUCAGGUGCUGGCCAUGGCCCAUUCCCACCCCGUGCUGCAGUGCAGUGCCAAAGGUACGGUAAUGUGCCAGGGCUCAUGCUCGGUUGGAAUCUCUUUGGACCACAGGAGCCUCAAGACUGGGGCGUCCGACGUGGAGAGGAGCUACACGUGUCGCCGCCUGGCUGGCCUGUGGGGCGAGCACAGCUGUGCCUCCAAUGGCAAUGGUGGUAUUGUCAAGCCUCUUACAAGUGCCCAAGAGGCAUUUGGGAGAGAAUUUCAUGCUCCAGGCCAUAUUUUUCUGUGUGUGGAGAACUCUUUGGGCUUGAGAGCUAGGCAGGGCCACACUGAGCUAUCAGUGGCCCUUGCCAAAGCAGCAGGGAUCUCUCCUCUCAUGGUUGGCUGUGUGAUGCUGUGUAAUGAGGGUGAUGACUUUGGAGCCCUUCCACUUCAGGAUGCCAGAUUCUGGGCUGAAAAGCACCAAGUACCAUUCUUAGCAGGCCAAGAGAUAUUUGAUUUCACCAAUGGCUUAGCUUGA